CCGAGCCCCCGGGGGCUUCCGUCUUCUGCUGCUGGCAGAGGGAAGGAGCUGGGCCUCCUGGAAACUCGGUUUCCAACCGCCUCCCCGGGAAGUGGGUCCUUCUCGAAGUUCAGGGGGUGUGGAACAGGCCUGGGAGCGCGGUGGUUCAGCCUCUGGGCAGUCGUCUUGUGCCGCAGCAGCCUCGGUUGGCGGUGGUCAGGGUGUCUGGAAAAGCUGCGGUGAGAGAAACUUGUCAGCCCAAGAACGUAAUGUAAACAUUUCAGUUACACACAAGAAAGAAAGCAGGCAUGUCAGCCCUUUGUCCGCCACCAUCUCCUGCAGUUGCUAAAACAGAGAUCUCUUUGAGUGGUGAAUCACCUUUAUUAGCUGCCACUUUUGCUUACUGGGACAAUAUUCUUGGCCCCCGAGUGCGGCAUAUCUGGGCCCCAAAGACAGAACAGGUACUUCUCAGUGAUGGUGAAAUAACUUUUCUUGCUAACCACACCUUGAAUGGAGAAAUACUUCGAAACGCAGAAAGCGGCGCAAUAGAUGUGAAGUUCUUCGUCUUGGCAGAAAAAAGGGUAAUCAUUGUGUCACUGAUCUUUGAUGGAAACUGGAAUGGAGACAGAAGCACAUAUGGACUCUCAAUUAUACUUCCACAAAGUGAACUUGGCUUCUACCUGCCCCUUCACAGAGUGUGCGUGGACAGGUUAACACAUAUUAUAAGAAAAGGAAGAAUAUGGAUGCAUAAGGAGAGGCAAGAACAUUUCCAGAAGAUUGUCUUGGAAGGCACAGAGAGAAUGGAGGAUCAGGGCCAGAGCAUCAUUCCAAUGCUGACAGGAGAAGUCAUUCCUGUAAUGGAACUCCUUUCAUCUAUGAAAUCACACAGUGUUCCAGAAGAAAUAGAUAUAAGUGACACAGUGCUAAAUGAUGAUGACAUUGGUGAUAGUUGUCAUGAAGGCUUUCUCCUCAAUGCAAUUAGUUCACACCUGCAGACCUGUGGUUGUUCUGUAGUUGUUGGAAGCAGUGCAGAAAAAGUCAAUAAGAUUGUGAGAACAUUGUGCCUGUUUCUUACACCAUCGGAGCGGAAAUGUUCCAGACUCUGUAGGAAUGAGUCUUCUUUCAAAUAUGAGUCAGGACUUUUUGUUCAAGGCUUACUCAAGGAUGCAACAGGAAGCUUUGUGUUGCCCUUCCGUCAAGUAAUGUAUGCCCCAUAUCCUACUACACAUAUAGAUGUAGAUGUCAAUACAGUGAAGCAGAUGCCCCCUUGUCACGAACACAUCUAUAACCAACGACGAUACAUGAGAUCUGAGCUGACAGCAUUUUGGAGAGCUAAUUCAGAUGAAGAAAUGUCUCAAGAUCAUAUUAUCCACACAGAUGAGAGUUUCACACCUGAUUUGAAUGUCUUCCAAGAUAUCCUUCAUCGAGAUACGUUAGUAAAAGCCUUCCUGGAUCAGAUCUUUCAUUUGAAGCCUGGCUUGUCUCUAAGGAGUACCUUCCUUGCACAGUUUCUGCUAGUCCUUCACAGAAAAGCCUUAACUUUAAUAAAAUACAUAGAAGAUGACACGCAAAAAGGGAAAAAACCUUUCAAGUCUCUUCGUAGCUUAAAGGUAGAUCUUGAUUUAACAGCAGAGGGCGACCUCAACAUAAUAAUGGCUUUGGCUGAGAAGAUUAAGCCAGGUCUGCAUUCCUUUAUCUUUGGGAGGCCGUUCUACACUAGCGUACAAGAACGGGAUAUGCUAAUGACGUUUUAAAGUUAUCUUCUGCUGACAUGUAAUAUUGCAGUUCUGCAUGGCACAAGAAUAAGUCUGUCAGCGUGACCACCACACUUGUGAAAAUUGUGGAUUUGAUAAAGGAUGGAGCAUUAGGAGCACAGUAACACUACAGACUGUCUGAAGCAGGAGGGGGAAUAUGAAGUUAGCAAGACAAGCAUGAUUUUAAUGAAUCCAUCUCUUCUGUAUGCUUUUUUAGCAGUAACAGUAGAUUUUACAAGAGGUUCAUUAGCCGUAGUGGCCUGGUGGAUAAAGUUGAACAUGUUAUGGUGUAAGAUAAAGGGAAGUAUUUUAAUUUUCUCUCCCAGCAACUUGCUUCAGAUGUGUAUCAGUUUUUUUCCCUGUUACGCUCUGUCAGUAAUUUUAGUAUUUACAUAGGAAACAAUACAUGCAGCCUCUCGUCAUGCAGAUUGCAUAAUGAGAGCCUUCCCACAGAGUUUUUUAAGGUUUUAUUCUCAUGGUUGUGGUACAAAUCUGCACUGUGUCGUCCCUCAUCUCCCAUUUACAUUAUCACCUCCUUCAUGUAAAGCAUUUAAAGAUGUUUGCGGGUUUUUUCAAACACUGUAAGUGCUAUUCUUAUCUGCAAAUUAUUGACUAUUAGCAACUUAAAUAGCAUAUGCAUAUGGUGGUCAUUAUUAAACAGCUUUGUGCACCAUGAGUGCCAACCAGGAUACUGGUCACAGAUUGCUGGGCCAUCCCGCAGUGAAAUGUUCAGUGAUCAGGCAUAAUUGAGCUCUUCCAAACACAAAACAGAAAACUUGUGUCAUUCAGCAGCAGUUCAUAAUCUUUCUUUCUGUAAAAUGCUGCUGUUCUUUCAAUUGUCAUUUAGAAUAACUCUCAGAUCAAAGUAUUGAAAAGACAAAACAGUAAUUGUUUUUUCAUUUUACAUUGCCAUUAAUAUAUUUAGUCAUCCUUACUUCAGAGAUGAGCACAUCUGUGAAGUAAUAUAAUCAGCAUUUUACUAAGUGAAUUCUAGUCAAUAUUCUUGCCAGUUUUCUUGGUGCAUCAUAGCACACCUCCAUCUUUUCUUUGCUUGAAAAUAAAAGCACAUUUUCUGUCUGUAAGCCUCAACCAUUUUUUUCUCAGUAGCAGGUAGAGUGGAGAGGUGUUAGGUUAAUCAAAUGAAUUUUUUUGGUUUUUGAAACAGAUUGGUAUGCGCUAUAUUACAAUCAGCAUUACCUCAGUACUGCAUGUUAUUUUAUUGCUUUUCUUUUUGAACAAACAUGGGAAUAUAUUUGUGUCAUGUUUUAGCAUAACUUUACAACUCAAUAAUCAUUGUGACAGUGGUACACCUGUGACUUGAGAAGCCGUUGUUGCUUUGCUGUUAAGGUCAUGUAUCACACUCCUUCAUGAACAGUUUUUAAGGUACCUUUUUAGCAUCUUGUUUUAUGCAGCAAGGCAUAAAAGCUAACGAAAA